UGCUUAUUCACUCAUUCAGUCGUUAAUUCACUCGAUAUCUUACAUUUAUAUAUAUUUUUAUUACUAGUAUUAUUCUCUCUUUAUUGAUUUAUUAACCUCCCCAUAAUCUCAUGUCUGUCGAUAAUAUAAACGUCAGUCUAUCCAGACUGGCACUCGCUAAAGCAAUCAAGACACCCGACGCUGGUGAAGACGAAAGCGAACCAUGGACCAAUAGUGUGAUUUUCCAUCAAUCCCACAUUGAUUCAAACAUGAGAAAUACUAUCCUAGGCGGUCCUCAGAAACACAGACCCCAUCCUGAUCGUGCGAGAAGUAAUCAACAGCAAUAUCAGCAACAACAACACCAUCAACAACAAUAUCAACAAAAUCAAAAUCAACAAUAUCGCUCUCAAUAUAAUAAUCGAAAUGAUCCUCGCAAGAACAGCCCAGUGCCUCGUGUGACAAGACCUCCUCAGGAACCAAUAUCGGCACGUCAAAGCGGCAUGUCCGCCAUGCCUCACGACAACAGCCGACGACCACUUCCCACAAUCACAGGAAAAGGUCGUUCCUAUGUACCCAGCGAUGAUGAAGAGGAUGACGAUGAAAGUGUAGAAGAAAGUGAAGAUGAUGAAGAUGAAGAUAGCAACAAGAAAUCCAACAAGGUUGUCAAGAAACCAAUCCAGUCACAGAUUCACUCAAAAUCUAGACUCAAAAAUGCACUUCCUGCAGUCAGUGACGACGACGAAGAAGAAGACGAAGAAGAAGAAAAGGAAGAAACAGAUGAUGAUGAACAUGACAACGUGCGCCCUUCUAGCCGGACAAACACACCCCAGCUUCCGAUCAUCCAAUUACAAUCUCACCCCACAGAUGCAAGGAGUACAACAACCAGUCAUUCGUCCUCCUACUUUGACAAGCCUACUUCAUCUGAUUAUUGGCAAAAGACUCUUGCAGAAGCAGAUGACAUUAGCAGCGUUCCCUCGGUUGAUCGAUCAGCCUCACCUGCUCAUAGUAGCAGCCAAGGAUCUGGUGGCCAUGAUGGAGACGAAGAGCCUAGAGACCUUCUUCAACAAUCUUCUUUCGGUCGACCCACAAAUCGUCGCAGUGUGUCAAGCAAUAAUCUCUUGCAAGAACAGCAUGAUGCGGCUGCUGGUAUUAGCAGUAGUGCUAGACGCUCGAGAAAACCAGAACCUGUUGUCAGCAACAGUCGAUCCAGUCGUAUUCUUGGCUCUAGUGGUGAUGCUCGCAAGAGUCGUACACUUGCUGCCCCUCAGCGUUCUACAGGUUAUGACCCAACUGACUCUCGUAGUACUGAUGCUCGUAGACGAUCUCAAAUGUUGCAGAAUGCACCAAUGCCUGUGGCCAGCAUGUCUACACCGAUGCUCAAUUCUUAUUCGAUGAUGCCACCUCUUCACCAAUCUCAAAUGUAUUCUCCUAAUAUGAUGAUGCCUGUGAUGAUGGGAAAUCCCAUGCAGAUGCCAAUGAUGAAACACAGCAACAGCUCUAAUGCAAGAAGAACAAGUGUAGCAUGGCAAAACAAUACUUGGGGGAAUUAGAAAGAAAAAAGACAGGCUAUUAAGCUAUUAAUAUAUAUAUAUAUAUAAUGAACAGCUUAUAUCUCCCCUUCCUGCCUUUAAAGAAAACCAAAACCAAAAGAAAAGGGGAGCGAUAGAGAUAAAUAAUGGUGCCACCCAUCCGUUAUUGCUGACAAACAACCACCUACAAAAGCCUAUACACAUUAUAACCUUUACUUCCCCUUCACACACGUAUAUACAGAGAUAGAUGGAUAGAUUAAGAAAGAAAGAAAUGACCUCUUAUUAUUAAUCUUAUUAUUAUUUGUAUUUUUCUUCUUAUUCUUGGGUUGCACUCAUUUGAUUCUUUUCUUUAAUUCAAUUCCUUUAUAUAAUAUUAUAUAUAUUCUGCUCAUAUACUUAUUAUCAAAGUGGCUUAACUAUGUGUGAGCAAUCAAGUCCAAUAUAAAACAACGCCACUUUCCC